AUGGAUGAUAUACAAACCUCUCAUUUAGCAGCAGCGCUAAUGUCGGGAGGUGGAACGUACGUUAAUACCUCCUUUGACGCGCCGGCUUCUAGCACACCUAGUGAAUUUCCUUGUGAUGAAAAAAAUGACAAACCUCUGGAAUUACGCAAAGAACCAACAGAUGAAGAUAAAGAAGAAAAGGAUGAAGUUGGGAGUGGUGAAGAGUUUACUGAUGAGGAGUCUGAAGCGCAGACCGGUAAUAAAUCUACACCUGGUCGCUGUGUUACAUUACAAAUGCUUUUGGAAGAAAAAAUGCUGGAACCAGGAAUAGCAGCUAUGACAAUAGAAUACUUGGGUCAAAAAUUUGUUGGUGACUUACAAGCUGAUGGAAAAAUAAAAUCUCACGAAACUGAAACAAUAUUCUGUUCUCCUUCUGCUUGGGCCAUACAUUGUAAGAGAAUCAUUAACCCUGAUAAGAGGUCUGGCUGUGGUUGGGCCUCGGUAAAGUAUAAGGGAAAGAAAUUAGACACAAUCAAAGCUACAUAUCUACGGAAAAAACAAUUACAAAGGGAAAAUAUGCAUACUGAUGAGGAAACAGAGAUGGAAGUUGAAAGCCCACCUGAGCCGCCACCACAGAGAGUUGUCAUGAAACACAACACUGUGCCUAAUAGAAUGAUGCAGCACGAUGCAAACAUGCUAAUUGAGGCUAUAUCAUUUUCUUCGGCUGGUAAAGUACAACCAUUCUUGGUGUCUAUCAGUUCGAAUGCUUGCUUAGUACUAGAUAUUCACUGCCAUUUGAAGAAGGAAGAGGUCUAUGGCUAUCUGGCUGGAACAUGGGAUAUGAAUAAUCAUACUAUAACCAUCACACAUACAUUCCCCUGUUUAAUUAGUAAAAAUGAUAAGAAACCCAGGGUGCUUGUCGAAUUUGAAAUCCAAAUGGAGGUGGAAAAGCUUGGUCUCACUCUUCUGGGUUGGUACCAUUCUCACCCCACAAACCCUGCCAUGCCAAGUUUAAGGGACUGUGAUAAUCAAUUGGAAUAUCAAAUAAAGAUGAGGGGACCUUCAGAGAUAUCCUAUACUCCAUGCAUUGGUGUAAUAUGCUCGCCAUACAAUCCUGAAAGCCCUGUAUUGGAAUCUACAAUGACUCUCUUUUGGGUGAUGCCACCGUCGGAACAGAGACCUACGGAAUAUCCUCGCCCGUUGUUGCUCCAGCACCAUAUGAUUAAUGAAACUCACCUUUCGUCUCAUGCAGUGAUGCAAAUAAAGAAAAGCAUAAAGUAUUAUAACACUUACGCGGACGAUACUUUUGUCGAUUUCAAGAGCAAUUUCAAACCAGAAAUAACUUACUUAGAUAAAUUAAAGUCGACUUUAGCUCCCAAGUUUCCACGAGAGCAGAGUGAUGGCUUGCUCUGGCAGUUUAUUCGGGAUGAACUCGGUUGUGCAUCUGAACAUGAUGACAAGAUGGACUUGGACGCCCUAUUGGCAGUUCCUCAACCAAUUCCUGCAUCUAAGCCAAGCCAAACCACAUCCAUACCAAACUUUCCUUCGGUUAGUACGUUACAGCAAAUGGUUAGCAGACCGGCCGGAGUGCCGCCAAUAAACGUGUCAUCCUCCAUUGGAUCUUUAUCGCCGCAUAAAUUUGAUUCACCACUGAACAUCCCAGUUUUACCUACGUCUUCAAAAUCUUCAAAGGCAUCUACUCCGCUCCCGCCAGCCUACCAUACUGGUUUAGAUAUGUUGACAAAUAUGGCUUUAGGUUUAGGCCCGUCAAACAUACCGCUUUCCCUUGGUAACAGUAGUCUAGAUAGCUUAGCCGCUGCUAACAGUAUGUUGUCAGGACUGGCACCAGGCCUAGGUUCAAACUUAGGUACUUCAUCUAGUUGCAAGUUACCUGAGCUUCCUUCAUAUGCCGCGUCUUUGCAAAGCCUCACAAGUGGUAUGGGGAACUAUGAAAAGACGUCUACAAGUACAUCGACAAGUUGCACAACGUCCGCUGCGCCAAUUCCAGCUAGCGUAGCCUCUAAUCUGAUGAUGAGUUCCGCUGAUAUCGCCAAUGCGCUAUUCUCAGCUAGUAAAUACUCUAGUGCUGGAAUAUUGGGUAUACCCGAUCCGAUGUCGAAGUCUACUCUGGCUGCGAAUAACAUGUUCUUGUCUCCGUCUUUGCUGAAGAUGCAGGAGUCUCUUAUGAAACCGCUUUCUAGCAGCAGUCCUAUAUCUAGCAAAGUAGGCUUAGAUCAAAGCUCCCUUAUGAAAUCUCCGCACGAUUUAUUAAAAGGUAACAAAGAUGCAUAUUUGCCACCCGACUUCAGUUCUACUGGUAAGGUUAAAGAAAACGUAAUGGAUAGUAUGAAAGCAGAUACAAGUACGUCGAAGGAUAUACCAAAGUCUAUGAGUUUAGAUACAUCUGUCACAGAUUACAGCAUGUCGUCCCGUCUUGGCAGCGAUUCGUAUCUGAAUCAAAUGCUGGAGCUCACUAAGAAAACUACCUUGCCAGACUAUGCGGCAGAUUACAGUCAAGUAAGAAAACAUUCAGAGGAAGAUAUGCAAUCAAUGGUUACGUCAACACAUUCAUAUCCUACCACUAGUAUUGCUGAUACGAUGGCUCAUAAUAUGGGACUGGGCAGUUAUCCCGAAAUGAACGAUCCGAUGGAUUUCUGCAAAAGUCAGGAUUAUAGUAGUAGAAACUCCAGUGAAUCUCAGCACUAA